GACCUCAAACAUCCGGUAGCCAGCUGAAUUUAAUGGCAUAUCUGCUGAUGCGUUGAGGAACGCAAUCCUUCUGGUUCCCAUUAGAAUGCUAUGAGCCAGCGGCCCUCCGCGCUUUCUGCGGGUAUGCUUGGUUCCGCUGGACCCUUUGCGCCUCGGUGGUAAUGACUGAAGUAGCUAUCCGGACGACCUGGCUGAGUUUGACUCUAAUCUCUACCUGGUGACAGAACCUUGUUUGACCUUCUGUUCCCGCCUCACUGUUCCUGGACACCCAAUGAAGAAGUCAGCCAUGCUGGAUACUGCUGAAUAACCAGAAGCUGUGGCGGGGGGGCGGGUUCCAUUCUAUCUGAAGUCCCUUUUGAAGACUGCUAUGUUUUGUUAAUAUGAGAAACUGAGCUGGAGGACAGUGGAAAGCGAGUGAGACGGACGGUACCACUGAGUGAGAGAAAAGAAGAGCCAGCCUUCCAGUAGGUUGGCAGUAACUGAGGCAACAAGGCCCUGAGGAUGACGAGCCUGUUCAAGCGUAGCAGCAGCAACAGCAAUGGAGGGUCUGGAAGCAGUGGAAGUGGUGGUGGCGACGGCAGGGGUGGCAGCGGUGGACAGGGGCACCUCAACAACAGCAGGCCCAACCGGCAGGUUCGACGCCUGGAAUUUAACCAGGCCAUGCAAGACUUCAAGACCAUGUUUCCUUCCAUGGACUAUGAGGUGAUCGAGUGUGUGCUGCGCUCCAACAACGGAGCCGUGGACGCCACCAUCGACCAGCUGCUCCAGAUGAGCAUUGAUGGACAGGGCUCGGAUGACAGCUCCGACUCUGAGGACAGCAUCCCACCCGAGAUUCUGGAACGAACGCUGGAACCUGACAGUUCAGACGAGGAACCGCCACCAGUCUACUCCCCACCAUCAUAUGACAUGCACAUUUAUGACAGGAAAUACCCAGGAGCCCCACCAACACCCCCACCAAGAUUUGAAGCACAGCCACCACCAGUUCAUCAGCAGGUCCGAAGUUACCGGAACUGGAACCCUCCUUUACUUGGAAAUCUUCCCGAUGACUUUCUGCGGAUCCUGCCACAGCAGUUGGAAAGCAUAAAGCAAAGCCCUCAGAGCAGUCUAUCCCAGCCUUCAUCAUCAUCUUCCUCAGUUUCCUCAAGAAGCCAAUGGACAACCCAGUCUGGGGCUGCAGGAACCUCUGGAAGUCCAGGUUUGACAACGAGGGCAACUGAGCAAGACAAGAAACUGAAGCAGUACCUGGAAGACGAGCGCAUCGCCCUGUUUCUGCAGAACGAGGAGUUCAUGAGAGAGUUGCAGCGCAACCGCGAGUUCCUCGUAGCCUUGGAGAGAGAUCGCUUGAAGUAUGAAUCAAAGAAAUCAAAGUCCACUCAUUCAUCUAGUAUGGAGAAUUCCACAGGAGAACAGUACUCUGCAGCUUCAAUGGAGGCAGUCUCAGAUGACGCCAUGUUCAGAGACAAGCUCAAACACAUGGGUAAAUCAACAAGAAAGAAGCUGUUUGAAAUUGCCAGAACGUUUUCAGAAAAGACAAAGCGGAGAAAGUCCAAAAGGAAGAUGCUCCUGAAGCACCAUUCAUUGGGCACAACAAACUCUACAUCCAAUCUCCUCGACGACAUAGAGGCAAACCCCUGCGGUAAAAAAUGCAUCUCUCCCACACAAUGUAACAGCCUUUACUAUUGUUUCCCUGGCAGCACGCGUUGGUUUAUUCAGCAUCCUUCAGACCUGGAGUCCGUUUCAAAGGAAGAUGGUCAGUCAAGAAGAGCAAACACUCAGGAAGAAAAUGAGCAACGCCAUGAGCCAAUGUUAUGAUCCUCUUAUGCUGUCGGGGUUACCAUGGCAAAGGCAGCGCAACUCAUGGCUGGUGGCCUUGCAGCUCUUCCUGUCUCCCCCUGCUCACACCACCCUAAUGCAAACCGGCAAAUGUAAGGCUCAGUAAUGACACUCCUCCUCCUAAGGAGAGGAUCUGUUUCCAGCACUGGCCCAACUAUCACUAUAAAUUCAUAAUCUUUGUAUAAUAAUAAUACAAUAUAUAAUAUAAUUUUAAAUGUGUACAUCCUGAUCAGUAUUUGUUAAUGCUCUCCUUAGUCCACUGAGAGAACCAAUAAAGUAGUGAUGAUGCAUAAUACUCCACUUUUAAUAUUGUUGUGCAAUUUGUAGUUGUCACGGAAAAGGAAAAACAGUGGAAAGGUUUAGAAAGAAUUGGCCACUCCAAUUAAAAACGUUGCUAUCUACCUCCACCUAACCAUAAACCGUCAGCAUCUCCAUUAAGCUUGUCUGCUGAAGUAAGCAUGAAGUGCUCUAAAAUGUCCUGGUAGACGGUUAAGUUGAAUUACUGAAAUAAAUGAACUUUUACACAAUAUUCUAAUUUUUCGAGUUUCACCUGUAUGAUCUAGUUAAAUUUGAUAUUUGGGCCGUAGCCCGGUGAGGAUUGGGAUCCCACAGUUUGCCCAUAUUUCUGCUGAUGCCUCUUUUUGUUUGGCAUAUUUUUAUCACCUCAGAAAAUCACUACAAAUGAACCUGGACAGCUAUCAAUCCCUUUUGAUUAAACUACAUACAUAUGAUAUUUGUUUUUUUAGUGAUGGACGAAUGUUUGGAUGAUUGAUAGUAACUUUUUCAUUAGGAAUCAAUGCAUUGCUUUUACAACUGCAUUAUAUGAGCAGCUGAUCAAAUAACUACGUGAAAACCAACAGAGAAUUGUCAGCAGCUCUGCACACGCCUCAGUUCAUUGAUCUGUGUUUUGAAAGGGCUGUAAUGAAGCAGGAGAACACAGGAGCAGCGGUUAGCAGCUCUCUCACUGCUCCCAGGCCUGCUGCUACCAGCUCUAAUAACUGGGCUGGAACAUCAACAAACACUGAUUGGCAUCAGUGCUGCUCAGCUAAAGGGUCAUCAGAUAUAGCUGUUCUAUACUAAGGGAAGUGCUGUGUUUCCUUAAAAGUGCAGCGCGUAAACCCCCCCUCCUCCCUCCCCAACAGAAACAAUGGUCAGAUGUGACCUAAUGGCCCCAUCGAAGGAAGUUUGAUGAACCAAAAUGUCUCCUCAUUAUGUUUGUGUGCUUCUUCUAAUUACUCUUGCAGAUUAUUUACUGAUGGUUACUCAAGUCUAAUGUGAACAGCUUGUUUAAGCUUAGACAGAGACUUCAGUGUUGGAGUGAAAUUAAUUCAUAUUAAACUAAUAUAAUCUAUAAAUUGUUGACCUUUUAUUGGCUUUUGGGAAAUGUUUUUGCAUAAUGAACCUUGAAACCUUGAACUCCACCAUUGUAUUAUGCAAACAAGUUUAAGUUGAUUCACAGUAAACAAAGGAACAAUGUUAAACACAGGAAGUCACAGGAAGCAUGAGCACAUGACAGGCCUUUGUUUUUAGUCCAUGACCUUCCACCCAGCCACAUAAACAAUCCGGAUUCACAAUAUGGCCAUAGACUUGCAUGUCCUAAGUCAGGGCUUAGUCCAAUGAGCAAUAUACCGGGAUAGUUGUUCAUUGAACUGUAUGUUCAUAAGCUGGCUCUAGAGUUGUGUGAGGCAGCGUUGAUCAUUGUUGCUGUGAUUCAUCAGUGAGUUGAUGAAAUUUGUCUUCUCCUCUCAGCGAGCCCCUACUCCCUGCCCCUUGCCCCAUCGCGCACACAUCUUUUGUCCUCAUUUGAAUUUUGAUGCAACGUGGAGUAGUAUCAACACUAGAGGGCUAUUGCACAAAACCAGGAUGAGGGAUUAAGCUGGGAUAUUAGUUAUCCUGGAUGAAAUUAGCUUUGACUUGGUUGCCCGAAAGCAGGUUGAAUUAAAGCCAGACAAGUAACCAUGGUGAUUUAUUCUUUGCAGCUAGCCUGCUGCAAAUGUGUUUAACAGUUAUUCCGUUGUCUUCUGAAUGUGUUCGGAUUUAAUUUUCUUAACAUGCAUUACUUGUCACUAUUGCUGUUAAGAGUUUGAUGUUAAACGCCACUUUUGCAUUUGUUUAGAUCAGUGGGCCCCCAACCGUUUUUGCCUCACGGACCCUUUUCAUGUCAGACAACAUUUCGCGGACCGGUCAGGAAGUUCUGGCGGAUAAUAAACGCGUCAAAAUAACAAGGGCGGGGGGGGGGGGGCGACAAUUGUAAACGUGAUGAGGGCGAUGUAUGAAGUCCCAUUCCCCUGAGUUUCUUCCUGCACCACGAUGCCCAUUUCUGAUCCAUAUUUUGGAUGAAGAAGCGCUGAUAUUGAAACAUGCCUUCAGACGUGACAGGGUGUUUCAGGACAGAUUAAAGACCCUUUAUCUUUUCCCAACGAGUACAUGCAUGAGAGGUAUAGAUUUACUUGAGAUGGAUUCUGUUAUUUGUGCAGACUGCUAUUCAGGAUAAUGCAGAUGGAGUAUCUGUCCCACCCUUAAUCCCUUCCAUCACAAGCCUUCCUUGGUUUAAAACAAGGUCCAGUUCCUCAGCUGGAGUGAAGCCUGCAUGGUGCUGGUGCUACCCCACCCCCUCUAAGUGCCAGACAAAUGAGCCUUCUUCAAAACUGCUAAAAUCAGUUUAGAUAAAAUAUGUGAGCAGGCAUCUUGUAAGUAAUUUCUACACAAUUUGCAAACUGUUAAGGCACUUGCCAGCCUGCAAAAUGUUUUUAUAUUUUAUCUUGACCUGUUGCCAGGAUCUUUCUUUGUCCAGUCUUAUAUUUUGUUUUGUAUGCAUAUUAAUUGUAGAAAGAUAUUUUGAAUUAGACACAGCUAAUAGAGAUUUGUGCAUAUGGUUGUAAAACAUAUUCUCACAUUGUGAAUAAGGGUUUGAGAUCAGAACUAGUCUUUAGGGUACAUUUCCAGAGGAACAUGAAUUCCCUCUGCUCACUUUUAAGGCAAAGUAAUGGUAAAUAAUAUGGCGUAACAUAUAGGAUUGUUUUAAACACAGUGUACACAAUUUUCCCAGUAAGUAGAUAUUUCUAAAUCCUCACGCAUUCGGUCGGUCCGAAAUAGUCUGCCAGGCCUUUUCUGUUUAAUUACUGCUGCCGUGUUCUCUUUUUGCAUAUUAUAUGGUUCACCUCCUCAUAUAUUUCCAUGAUCAGUUGCUGCUCUGCGGGUGAGAAAUAUGCCCCGCGCGGCGUCUUCUCCAUUUUUGCAUCCGUAAAUCUGUGAUUGAUAUCAUGGUCUGUUUAAGAAAGCCAUGGAUGCGCACAUAUCCCAGUUAUGAACACCUGGAUUUGACUUAGCUCCCCAUUCUCAUCCUGGCUCGAACGUGCAACCAAUUAAGCCACGAUGAGCGGAUCACACUAAGUCAAGCUGCGCUUUUUCAGUUCGAUCAUCGAUUUCUUUAUUCUUCUUUUGUGCAAUAGCCCCCUGGAUUCUUUAGUGCCAUCCACAGUUGUCAAUCAUGUGUACGAAGAUAUUAGCAACAUUGAUGGUUCCAUCUCUCUGGUGCACAGCAUGCUUUCUAAAAUGUUGGACUGUUUUUCACAUUACGAUAAUCCCGAUGAGUCUUCGAAACAAACACACGCAAGGAAAUUUUAUUUGAUACUAAAAUAUUUGCUCAAGCUUUUGGAAAUGUCAGAAACCAAUAUGAUAUUAGAAGCUGGAGCUAAAUGUAGUUUGUGCUAUUAAGUAGUUAACCUUUUAUUGAGUAUUGACAAUGUUUCUUCUAUUAUACAUUAACCUCUUUUUAUUUUGAAAAUGUAUAAGGAUGGGAUUUAAAAUAGACACUGUAUACACAUAUUUAAUUGUAAAAUAUGGACUGUGUCCCAAGUUGCAGUUUUCCUUCAUUUCAAAGUUAUGUCUUAAUGUGGAAUUAGUUUUAUAGUGCACAUUUUAAAUGAACAUUUUAUUAUUCAAAGUCAAUGUAUUAGUUGAUUACAAUGUUUUCUUUCCAUUGACACACUCAACACUCCAUAUAACAAAGCUCGGUAGAGGAGCCGCUGGAUUGUGAGCGUGUGCUAAGAACUAUAAAGGUCAUGAAUGAAAAUACAUAAACUGCAGUGGAGCUAUAAAUUUCAGAAUUUUACGCCAUAUCCACACACACAUCCAGGGCUUACACACUUUCCAAACCUUUUCUACGGUGCUCGCCUCUUUAUGUGCUGUUGGAGGGAAACAUGCUCCAAUGUUAGUGUUUCUGAAGGGAAUUUUUAAACAGAUUUUCAACUACUUUUUCUUUUUCAUUUGUACAUUUUCUUGUAAUUGAGGAAAUUUCUUAGCAUUGAUGUAAUUUUGUUAGAACUCCAACAAAUGAUUACAAGAUUUGUAAAUACGAUAUUAAAGUUUUUUUCUAUUAAUUAAAACGCAUAGGACUUAAUGAUUCUGAUAUGUCGUGCCCAAAAUUCGUAAAGGUUUUUAUAAAGCGGUGUUAUUUGUAUGUCAGAUAUGGUUUAAUAAAUAUAUUCCUAAAAACAUGGCAAAAUGUUUUGGCUUUUAUGGCUCUACUAUUAUCUGACUUGAGUGAUACAAAGAGACCCUAAAUUCCUGCUGUCAGUCAUCCAUAACAACGCCUGUGUGUAUCCGUUGAGUGCACUGCCCCACCCGAAUUUCUCCACCUGUGUUUUGUUAUCCUCCCCUUCACUCAAUGUGUAUGCUGUGCUCAAUCUGCGUCCAUGAACAGGUAUGAGUAUUUCUAGUGAUCAUUGUUAUCUGGAUGUAUGACAUGUAUGCCAGUUUUGAUUUGUUUUCUUCCUGUGAAUCCAACUUGUUUGCAUUGAAACUGUCCCAUUUGGAUAUUCUUAUCACUCCGCUGUCAGAAAUCUUGCGAGGAGCAGUUGGUCGAAUUUAUGGUGGAAUGAUUGUCUUUCAACUUCCGUAUUAUGGCCCCAACAGUGCUCACUGGAACAUUCAGAAGCUUAGAAAUGCGCCUAUAACCAAUGUCAUCAUUGUGUUUUGCAACAAUUAGGUUGCAACAGUCUUGAGACAGCUCUUUGCUUUUACCCAUCAUGGGAUGUGUCUUGUGUGACACCUUGGCAAUGAGACCUUUUUGUAGGCCAUCCGUUGGGACUGAACUAACAGAUAUUAAUUUGCACUGACAAGGGUCUGGAUGGCUUUUUAAUUACUGAUAGUCUUCAGCUGUUGUCUUGGCUUUCCAUUCCUCUUUGCACCUCCCUUUCUUCAUGUGUUCAAUACUUUUUCCCUGUGUCAUCUCACAUUAUUACACAUAACUUUUUCUGAACGUAAUAAUUUUUUAUGUAUUACUUGGGUUGUUACCAACAUCUGGUGAAAAUUUCAUCUCAAUAGCUCCUUCGGAAAUAUAUUUAUUGAGAAAAAUGUGUUAAAUACUUAUUUCACCCGCUGUAUGUACUGUAUCAGCUUAUGUAUAUUAUGUGUGUGUGUGAAUCUGUGGGCGAAUUCUCAGCAAAUGUUUAG